CUUUACUGCAUUGGAUCUAGCCUACAGGCUUAUCGAUAGGUCGGCAUGGAAAAAGUGAAUUUUCGCUCAUCGCUCCCAGCCACUGUACCAUAUUCGCAGCAUAUUCAAGAUGGGGAAACGAUCAAUUGCCGAGGUCGGCGACGCCGAGUUGUCCAGGAAAAAGAGCAAGAAGGACAAGUCUGAGAAGUCCAAGAAGAGUGCGCCCAUCGACGCAGUCGAGGCGAAUGGCGACAGUGUAGAGCUCUCUGAGGCCGAGCGCAAGGCCGCGAAGAAGGCAAAGAAGGAAGCAAAGGAAGCCAAGAAGGCGAAGAAGGCCGAGGAUACUCCUGCUUCAGAAGAUGAAGAUGCAGCAAAGGCAGCCAGGAAAGCUGCGCGCAAAGCAGAGAAGAAGGCGGCAAAGGAAGCAGCAAGUGCAGCCACAACGGCGCCUACCUCGGUCACAACGUCAGCAGUUGCCUCUCGAGUCGAGUCGUCGGCCACGAGCCCCGAGCCUAUCGUAGACGGCGAAUACCAGGAAGAUAAGGAGCUGUCGCAGCUUCCUCAAUCCGAAAUCGACGCCUUCCUUACUAAGCACACCGUAACGAUCGACGACCCGAGGCCUGGCAACAAGUUGCGCCCAAUCAUAAAUUUCAAGUACUUGCCUAUCAAGAACGAGGCUUUCGCCAAAUUUACGACACCUACUCCCAUCCAGGCAGCGGUAUGGCCCUCGCUGCUUUCUGGACGAGACGCAAUUGGUGUGGCAGAGACAGGAUCUGGAAAGACGCUGGCUUUUGGUGUACCCUGUGUGCGCUAUAUUCAGUCUCUACCCAAAAACAAGCGCAAGGGUGCGAAGGCCGUCAUUGUCUCGCCUACCCGCGAGUUGGCUGUUCAGAUCCACGACCAAUUGGUCACUCUGGCUGGUCCUGCAGGACUCGGAGUUGUCUGCGUAUACGGAGGUGUGCCCAAGCCUCCCCAGAUCGCGGCUCUUCGCACAGCUUCUAUUAUUGUGGCCACACCUGGUCGCCUGAACGAUCUCGUUGGAGAGGGCUCUUGCGACCUCAGCAACGCCGACUAUGUCGUGCUUGACGAGGCUGACCGCAUGCUCGAUAAGGGCUUUGAGGAGCCCAUCCGCCAGAUCAUCACACAGUGCCCCAAGAAGCGUCAGACACUCAUGUUUACGGCGACUUGGCCUCCGUCAGUCCGUGAGCUAGCAUCCACCUUCAUGGUCUCACCUGUCAAGAUCACGAUCGGCGACAAUGUUUCCGGUGAACUUCGUGCCAACAUCCGCAUCAAGCAAGUUGUUGAGGUUGUAGAUCCUCGUGCUAAGGAACAGCGUUUGCUUCAGCUCCUUAGGCAAUACCAGUCCGGAAAGAACAAAGAUGACCGUAUUCUGGUCUUCUGUCUGUAUAAGAAGGAGGCUAUGCGUAUCGAGCAGUUUAUCCAGAGAUCGGGCUUCAGGGUCGGCGGCAUUCACGGCGACCUGAGCCAAGACAAGCGUACAGCUUCAUUGGCGGCUUUCAAGGAAGGCAAGGUUCCGUUGCUCGUAGCUACAGACGUGGCUGCCCGUGGCCUGGAUAUCCCAGCUGUGAAGGUCGUCAUCAAUGUCACUUUCCCCUUGACGGCUGAGGAUUACGUUCACCGAAUUGGCCGGACGGGUCGUGCCGGACAAGACGGUCUUGCGAUUACGCUGUUCACCGAGCACGACAAGGCCCUAUCUGGAUCUCUCAUCAAUGUACUCAAGGCAGCCAAUCAACCCGUACCGGAAGAGCUGAUGAAGUUCGGCACCACGGUCAAGAAGAAGGGUCAUGAGGCCUAUGGAGCGUUCUACAAGGACACUGGUGACAUGAAGGCAGCGACAAAGAUUACAUUCGAUUAGAUGUCUGAGGUCACCUCGCAGCUCACCGCAUACACGCUGUCUUUACAGUCGGCGAUGCAAGUGUUUAGCUGCAUUGCCCUGCAGCUCAAGCGGGGAUCAUUUUAGCAUUUC